GUUGAGAGCACUGUUUUGCCGCGGCGCCGGACGAGGGCAUUUUUUGCAGCGCAGCUUGGCUCGGACAACAACGACAGCUCUGCCACGGCGACCACGACCACAUCAACUUCAGCACACCGCAGCUUUCUUCGCCACAAGCACACACACAAACGCAAACGCAAAGUCAAACGCAAAGUCAAACACAGACGCAGACACACCACCAGCACCAGCACCAGCAGACAUGAGCGACAUGGAGUGCACAAAGAAGAAGACGACGGCAAAGAACACGCGGGAAGUUACAAACCUGACCCCGGAGGAGCAGCACGACGACAAGACGCGCGCUGGCGUCUCGGAGACAUGGGAGCAGAUUUGGGCUGAUGGCUUGGAGCCUGGACAACGCUUUGACGCCAGGGGCCCAGCCCCUAUCCUCAAGCACCUCCUCGACACCAACGCCCUUCCCAAAGGGCGUGCGCUGGUGCCUGGGUGCGGGCGGGCAUACGCACCGCUGGAGUUUGCGCGACACGGCUACCAGACGCUCGGCGUGGACCUUGCGCACACGGCCGUCAAGGCCGCACAGGAGUUUGUGGACUCUGUCGAGGACAAGCCGAAGGAGGGUCUCCUGGAGCUGCGCGCGGCCAACUUCUUUGAGCUGGAGGGCCAGUUUGACGUCAUCUACGACUACACGUUCCUGUGUGCGCUGCACCCGAACGCGCGCGAGAAGUGGGCCGCGCAGAUGCACAAGCUGCUGGCGCCACAGGGGGAGCUGGUCACGCUCAUCUUCCCCAUUGUGGAGAAGGAGGGCGGCCCGCCAUAUGCCAUGAGCAUGGACCUGGUCAAGUCGCUGCUGGAGCCGCUCGGGUUCACGGCCACAACCCUGGAGAUGCUGCCAGACGACAUGUGCCAUCGCGGCCGCGAGGAGCGCACCGCCCUCGGCAGAUGGGUCAAGAAGUAGCCGUGCGCCCGUGUGUGUGUGUUUGUGUUUGUGUGUGUGUGUGUGUGUGUGUGUUGUGAGUGAGUGAAUGUGUGUUUGUGUUCUGUGUGUGUGUGUGUCUUGUGUGUGUGUGUGUGUGUGUUGUUGU